CUGUCCACACCUCUCUGACAUAAAACUCCAGAAAGCGUACCAUAUAUAUGCCACUGAAACAUUAGAAAACAAAAAAGAAAAGAUCACAUUUCUUUUAUCAUUGUAUACUGCAAAAAUUGUCGUUAUAUUUUAUAUACAAUGCAGGAUUUGUUCCACCAUGCAUGGACUGCAUGCCAAUUGCUACUCGAGGACCGCAUAAUUUGUUCUUUUCCCCUCAUUCAUCUCUCUGCCAUUCGCAUUUAAUAAGGAUACCAACCACACUCAGAGUGAGAGGCUCCUUUAAAGUAAACGAAAAUCACCACAGUUCUGGCGCCUUAGAUGUUGCUGCUGGACAUUGCUUCGUGAAUAUCUUUUCAUGGGGAAGAAGAUUGGGGGAAGCUCGUGGUUAAUUGCUGUUAAAAGGGCUUUCAGGUCUCCUACCAAGGACAAUGAGAAGAGAAGCAGCAGAAGGAGAGAAGAAAAUGAACAGGAGGAAGAAGAACGGAGAGGGAAGCGAAGAUGGAUUUUCCGGAAGCCUUUGAAUCAGGAAACGACUCUACAACAUGACCGCGAGACAAGGACCAUAACCACCAAAGCUACUAUGGCAGCAACCAAUACUAGUGCAGUGACUAUGGCGCCGACGAAUCAUGUUUCCGAGGCUGCAGAUGCUGAGCAAAGACAUGCCAUUGCUGUAGCCAUGGCAACCAUAGCUGCUGCUCAGGCGGCUGUAGCAACGACCCAAGUAGCUGUAGAGGUUGUUCGGCUCACCCGGCCUUCCAUUUUCUGUCGAGAAUACUAUGCUGCCAUUGUCAUUCAGACUGCAUUCAGAGGAUAUUUGGCAAGGACAGCUCUUCGGGCACUCAAGGGGCUGGUAAAGCUGCAGGCCUUGGUAAGAGGCCACAAUGUUCGAAAGCGAGCAAAAUUAACUCUUAGAUGCAUGCAGGCUCUCGUUCGAGUCCAGGCUCGGGUAUGUGACCAACGCAAAAAGAGGCUUUCAAACGAAGGGAGCAUGGGCUCCGCCAUUACUGAACCGAAUAAUAGCUCAUGGGGCUCACAAUUUGCUGAAAUGAAAUCCAUGUUUUCUAUGCAGUCUCGAGAAGAAAGUUUCACUGCCGAUGAUUGGAUAUAUUGGGAUCACCACCACCCACAAACAAUGGAGAAGAACAUUCAAGCCAUGCUGCAGAAAGCGAAGGAAGCUGCCAUGAAACGGGAGACGGCCCUGAGUCAAGCCUUCUCCAACCAGAUGUGGACAGCUGGUACGGACCCAAAUGCAAGUGAAGAAGAGUUUGAAGAGAUGCCUAAAUGGCCUGAUCAGUGGACAACAACGAAGCAAUGGGAGAGUAGCAGAGGCAGGGUCUCAUUUGAUCAAAGAGACCCCAUAAAAACAGUUGAGAUUGACACCUUUAGACCUUACUCCUACUCAACACCCAAUUCACAGAGAUCACAAAAUUAUCAGCAUCAAAGCUACCAAUUGCAGAGACCCAGUUCAUUUUCUGUGCCCUCUCCUCUCCAUAGAGCCCAUAAAAAUCUCACCGUCCACUCACCAAUCACACAAUCUCCAUACAAAACAAGGCAUCUCCAAGUGCAUUCGGCUAGCCCUCGAUGCUCGAGAGAGAAAAGGAAUCAACAAAUGUCUCAGCUGCCUGGCAUAGGCUCCACUUGCAGCCACGGAAUAUUGGGAGGAGUGAGCAGUGGCGGUGAUGGGGCCGCUUCACCAAUGCCAAACUACAUGGCUGCCACUGCAUCUGCCAAGGCUCGGUUUCGGUCACAAAGUGCACCAAGGCAGAGGCCCUCAACCCCAGAAAGAGAGAAGGCGGGGUCAGCGAGGAAACGCCUUUCGUUCCUAGUUCCUGAUGACCCUUGUGAAGGCCCUGGCGAUUGCGGCCAUGAUCUUGGAAUGGAACGGAGCUCUGACAUGUCAUUUUGUUGCAGAGACAGCCUUGGUGAUCAAAGAUCUCCCCCUUCAAGGAAUUAUCUUGGGAGGUUCUUGAUGUAAGAAAAGCCUGUAAAAAAUGACCGGAUGGCCAUGAUGGCAAUUGUAGUUGCAAUGCUAAUCUGUAGCCGUCAGAAUAGCAUGAAGUGAGUGAGAGAGAGAGUUUGAUGAAUGGGAAUGUAUGAUUGGACGCACAUCAUGAUCAGCGGAUCCCAUAAUUAGACCUUGAAAGGAAAAUCACUUCUCUCUGUCAGUUUCCACAA